GUUAUAGCAAAAUCCGCACCAAGGCCUGGCAACAUUCGGAAGCAAACGUUCGGUCGCGCAGGUUGUGUCAGUUCUCGUCUGUAUUCUCUGUUUCUUCUGUACCUCGAGUGAGUGAGUUGAUAUUCGAAGUGAAGAAAGUUGGAUUUAUUCGGUGACUACUCGGCGCUGACCGUGACGCGAUUUUUUUUUGUAUGAAAGUUUUGUUGUUUGUAACAGUUGAAAACGAGGCGAAAAUUUCCCUCCGUGCGUGCGUGGUUUUCACAGAAAAAAAUAAAAAAUACGGGAGUGUGAAAGAGCAUAUUUGGGCAAGAAAGUGGCCAAAGUGUUGGCAAAAGUUUGAAAAAUUUAAGGUUUAGUUUAGGAAAAACCCCUAGUGAAAAGUUGUUGGAGUAACGAAGCAACGUUACCCAAUCCUGCAGCAAGUGCAGCACCAAAAAUACACUAAAUUAAAACACACCCACAACAACAGAGAGGAGUCAACCCCGUUGACCUGUCAAAAUCCAUACAAAAUGAACGGAUACACAGAUGUGACGAGCAACAUAGAAAAUAGCCGGAACUGCCUGCGACGGAUCGCCCGGCAUGACGACCAGGAGUUCUCGAACCAAAGCAUCCUCAACGCCAUGGAGAAGUUUGUCAAGACAGUCAAUGCCAUGGACGAGACGAUACUGGUGCCGUGCCGGCUGAUGGACCGAAAGGUUGGUGACUCGACCGACACGAUCCCUCCGAUGGAUCAGCAGCACCACCACCAUCACCAGAAGCAACAUUCCCACCAUCACGGCAAAAAGACCGGCGGCAAGCCGUCGAUCCGGGAAGCACUCAACACGUCCGACCUGUUCAAGCUGUACAACAUGCUGAACGUGGUCAAGGUUGAUCUUCUGUGGGGCCGACAGGACGCCGUCGAGGAGCAGCAGCAGCCGCAACAGACGGCUUCGCCGACGCCCAUGGACGCAACGCCGGAGUACAAGCAAAAGUCGGUCUCACCCGCGCCCGCCACCGAACAAAAGGAGUCGUCGAGUAGCAGCGACGCCGGCAGCAACAACGGCGGCAGCAUAAAGGGUCACAUCCGGCGCCCGAGCACGGUCUCGAUGGCGUCCUCCAACAGUGCGAGCACUCUGAGCGACUCGGAGAGCGAAAUCAGCGCGGAAAACGACUCCGGCAUCGAGUCGGAGAGCAACGCCGACCAGGACAAGAGCACCGAGCUGGCGAAGCAGUUCCGCACGCACCUGCUCGGGCUGUACCGGUCGCUGGAGCAGAUGACCGAGGCGGCCAACUAUCUGACGGCCCGGUAUCAGAGCGACGUCGGACCGGUUUAGGGCGGGCACGAAGAUGGUUCCAGCCACGGAGACGGAGAAAUGUUCCCAAAAAAAACCGGUGAUAGCGCAGCGAGUGUGGGUCCCCGAGCAGAGAGACUACCAAGAACUACUACUACUACUACAGCUAAAUUACUACUACAUACGAGAGAGAGUGAGUGCGAGCGCAAGAGAGUGAGAGCGAAAACGAUGAGCGUGCCAGAGAGAAUGAGUUGACCUCCCAAUCUCAGCUAGCUUUGAGUUGAGAAAGCUUCUUUUCGUUAGUGUGUAAGUAUGAGUGGGUCAGGGAAUGAGUGUGAAUGAGAGAGCGCGCGCUCGCGCGCUUCGAAUGAAAUCCAAGCAGGCGGCAAAGCCGCCAAUGACAGAUCUGUAUGAGUGACCGCGCAGUUGCUCGGGGGACUCAUUCGAAGGCGUGUUCGCGCGCUCGCUUUUUAAGGUUAAGUGUCUAAUUUGUAAACAGUAAAUAUGUGUAAAAUUUAGUUGGUAGUUGAAAAUUGUAGAAUCGGUUACUGUUUUGGGCGGAAGGCGAAAGGAGGACAACUUGAUGCGAGCUAGCCGGAAAAGAGAGAGAGCGAGAAAUAUUUAAGUUUAGCCAAAACAAAGUAAGGUGAACAAGAUUAUUUAUUGUAAAAUAAUUGAAGCAUGUUUCUCUGAUUGUUUUCCCGCACACAGAUUUUGUUUGUUAGUUUACUUCGCGCGCUUGUGUUUGAGAUUAUUGAGAGCGAAAUAGGGCGGCCAUUUUGGAAGCAUCGGAAACUGAUGAAGCAAGUCAGAAAGUGCCAGGAAUUUCAGUGAUACAGUUGAAGAAUGUUAUCUCGAAUGGAGAGAAAAAAAAGUUGAACAGCAAGAAAACAUGCGUGUGUGUGCAAGUAAGAUAUUUUGUUUUGGAUAUGACGGCAAAAUUGUGUAAAUAUGUGUUUCUUUCAAUUUAACGUGUAUGCUUUUGGUAGUGGGUAAAAGCUGGUUUGGGAAAAGUGUUGAAACCUUUUCUGCAUCACAUUGGUGAAGUUGACAGGUCACGUUCAUCCAUAAUAACUCAAAUAAGAGUGAAAUUCUUUCAGAAAUGAGUGCCUCUUUACUAAAAUCUGAUUGAAACAAUUGUGAAAUAAGAAAUCUUGGCUAAGUUCAUCUGUCCUUCAGUUCACAUUCUGACGCGCAAUUAGCUGCAGUCUUCAUCGAUCCACAAACUGGGUGAGUUCCUGCCUAGGGUUUGAAAUGUUACGGAGGUGAGCGGCUUGAAUUACUUGUCAAAAUUAGGUACCUCGUAAUAUCUGAGUUGCUAAAAAAUUCUUUAAAAAGCUAAAAAAAUAGUGACUAAGCAGUUUGAGUGCCAUGCCCAUUCUGUAAAGAGAGGUAACUCAAUUUGUAAGUGUUCGACCAAGGCACUCGCACUUCAAUGUCAAUCUAAUUUGAUAGCUAAUCAUUGAGGCACAUAUUUUGUUGAAUUUGACUCAAAGUUGGUUUAAUUUUACUAACCCAAUCUUAAAUGGUGCUCACUCAAAAACAAUGAAAGCUCAUUUCUGAGUACGCUCAGUUUAGUCAAAAUCGGAGUGAAAAUUAUAAGAAAUUAGUUGUUACAAGAUACGCAGAACUGUCACCCGAAACCAAGAUGAUUUACGCAAAAGGUGCUCACAUUUCCCAAAGCCACCUUCUCACUCACCUUUUUGUUCUUUUCUUCGUGACUGGUAAUUAGGAAGAAGAAUUAGGUUUGCGUUAAAAACAGCUCUAAUUUAGGAAAAAAUAUUGGUGACUUGGUUUUCAAUAUUGGUUUGCAUUCUCCGCGCUUUACACUUUAGUUUCAACCCAAAAUAGUCGUUAAGGUGGCAGCUUUCAGGUGGGGAAAACCGCCGACGCAAGCCAGUUUGAGUACCGUCAUCAAAGUAGGCAUCCAUUGACGUUUGAUUCGAGCUCGAACUCGCCUGCAGCGGUGGCAUCGGCUUCCCCACCUUUCAGAUCAUGGCCAACUGCGCUGCAAUUAACCAAUCCGUUAUCGCUACUCGCUGAAAGUUUGCUCUCAACAAACGAACGGCAAGAGAAAAAAAAAAUCGACAAGUGGCAGCACAGAUUUCGGCACAGUUGCCGCUGCUUACGUCAGUUCGUCGACUUCCCUACCCCAAAAAAAAAGGGUGUCCAAUUUGGGGUUAUUGUUGGCGCGGAACGAAUCGGCUUCGAGAAGGUCGCUUUCGCAAAGUUUCGCUGCCUAAAUUUGCAAUACACUGAAAAAAAAAGAUUUUGACAGAAAUUUAACCUAAAAACUCCAGUUUCUCAACAAAGGUGACGUUUUGCUUACUUCUCUUCGCCAUUCAGCUUGCUCUCCUCAUGAUUUGCUCAAUUUAGGCUUAAUCUCGUGUUUUCGGUUAAGGAGAUAGUGAUCACAAUUUAGGUUAAAUUUUUGCUAGCUUUACUACACAACCACCCUCUCUCAGCGAGAGAGAGAGAGCUGAAAGGCAAGCAAAGCGCUCACUCUCUCAAGCAAAGAGCAACUGUGACGAAACUGUCAAAAGCGCCGCUAUUGUUCUCGCCGUGCACGCACCAGCACACACACACACACACACACACACACACACACACACACACACACACACACACACACACACACACACAAUCAAGUCUUUUUCUUCUUCCAACGCGGAGGUCGAGAGAAAGACAAUCACGCACGCUGAAAAAAAGGUUCUGCAAAUUUGAGUAAAUUUGUGCACGCUAAUUGGAAACCCAAGAUGGACGACGAUGGACGUGUUUAUUCGUUCGCUCUCCGUUGAGUUGAAAGGGAAACUGCAAUAAUUUAUGAAUGUGAACGAUUCUUUUCCGUCUUUUUUUCGGGCGGAACAAAAUUGGCCCAGUUUGGUGUGGUGUGUGUACGCGAGAGGCAAUCGAAUUGAGGGGAAAACGAUUUGCGAAAAUUUGAGAGCGAUAACUGCGUAAAAAAGUGUUUUUUGUUCGUUCGUCAUAUAUUUAGUACUGAUACUGAACCAUUCCGUUAGCCUUAAUUACACACUAAUACAUAGGCGAGAGAGUGAGAGCGAGAAACCAUGC